GCUCAACAUCUAGCCAAAACUUGAGGGCGUGUUGAAGAAUAAAUACUUAAGUUAUAUCCUCUAUAAAAACCUAUGCUAUUGGAGUAGAUAGUUGUUCGACACAUAUGAAUAUUCAGUUUACUUGUUGAAUCCCAUUGUUGCAAUUGCUCUGUCCUAGAUGUUUGAUGUUCAUUUGAUUUUUACUAUUUUUAUAUUAUUAUUGUUAGCGCAUGGUCAUAUGUAUUGAUAUUACUCUUUGAUCUUAUUGCUGUUUUCUGGAAAACAACUGGUUGACUUGAAAUGAACACCACUCACGUUGCAAGGAAGUGUUUGAAACAGGAUUUCAACAAUUUUUUUUUUCUUCAUUUUCUAGGUGUUCCACUUCCAUUGAUUGGAAUGGUUGCCUAUGGGUUAGUUGCAACGCUUGGGUUGCAGUUGGCUGGAAAGAAUUUUCCUUUUGGAAUUGGUGAAACUAAUGGCCGUUUGAUUUUACUGGGGACAACUACCUCCAUGGCGGCUGCCAGCGCAUAUUUUUUGUACAUCCUAAGCACAAGAUUUGCAGGAGCAUCAUGUUCAUAUUGUUUAAUGUCAGUUCUGUUGUCAUUCAGCUUGUUCUUCAUCACUCUAAAGGAUUUUGGGCCUCAACAAAUACUAAAAGAGGUGGGUCUACUGCUAUGUGUAGCUAGUUUGGUGGUUACUGCUUUAACCACCUCAUAUAGAAGUUUGCAACCCAUCUCCACAAGCUUGGCUGAGAUUGACCUGCCAUAUGCCACAACUGAGAUCACAACAGAGUCAAGUCCCUUCACUCUUGCUCUUGCAAGACAUCUGCAUUCAAUAGGAGCUAAAAUGUAUGGGGCUUUCUGGUGUUCGCAUUGCGUUGAACAGAAACAGAUGUUUGGACGUGAAGCAGCAAAGGUGUUGGACUACGUAGAAUGCUUCCCUGAUGGAUACAGGAAAGGAGUAAAAAUGGCUGAGGCAUGUGCAAACGUUGCAAUUGAAGGGUUUCCAACGUGGGUGAUUAAUGGUCAGGUUUUGAGUGGAGAGAAAGAAUUGCCCGAGCUUGCCACACUAUCGGGAUUUGAAUUUGAAGAUUCGAGCAAAUCUAACUAA